AUGGAUAUUUUAAGUAUGCAACUUGCACCACUUCCUGUAACACCAGUGGGCCCGCCGGUCCGCGAUCAGAAAAAAAAGGACAAUUACAGCGGAGCAUACAAUCCUAACUUGUUACAUCGAAACCGACGAGAAGCGGGUUUCUCUUCGAAAUCAGCAACUGUUCCAGCGACGCAAUCCUUGCUCGUGUUCGGAAUAAUAGCCGUGGCUUUGGCAUCGCCGAUACCAGGCCAUCAUGGUCAUCACGAGCACCACAUCAUCCAUGUACCUUACCAUGUACACACAGUCCAUCAUCAUCACGUGAAGAAGGUUCACGUGCCGGUGCAUCAUGUCGAAAAGGUGCACGUGCCCGUCCACAUCCCGGUGCACCAUGUUGAAAAAGUACCUGUCCCUGUACCCGUACACCAUGUCGAAAAGGUGCACGUACCCGUCCCAGUUGUCCAGAAAGUGCCCGUACCGGUGCACAUUCCUGUACAUGAAGAGAAGGUGGAAACUGGUGGGUGGUGGUAG